AUGCAGAAACUUGCAGGUAUGCUGCAUGCAAGUGACGUGCGUACACCUAUUCGAUACCAACUCUCUUCAAAGUACUAUUACAAUCUUUCCUUUGUCACCUCAUUCUACAAGAUCAUGGCCACCAUGUUCAAAUGCGAGGCAGCAGUCAGGGAUGCAGAGCGCGCCGAGCGCAACGCCCUGGCUACUACGCAGGACAAAACGGGAGUGAAGCCUUUUCUAUUCAAAGACGAGAAUGAAAUACUCCAAGAAAAGAUUGAGGAAAACGAGAAAUACAGAGACAUCCUGCUCCAUAUGGUCAAGAGGCAUACUGAGGCUCUGUUGCCACCCAAAGCCAACACCGGGGGUGCUGAAGAGCAUGCGAGCGCAGUGACAAACCCUAAUAACGCGAAUUACCGACCUGCCCACCAUCAUGAUCCGAACUACCUAAAAACACCGAAGCAGGCUGAACACCUCAAUCCACAAACCAUCGACUACGAACAGCAACUCCGCACUAAGAACGAAGAACGAGCUGCCCUAACCGCAAAACUGCGCAUAGUACAAAAGGAGAGAGCGCAGGUCUUGUGCAUGUACAAAAGCUUACGCGAGAGAGCAUUUGAAAGACGCACCGAGGAGCAGGUACGUCAGUACAGAAGAUUCAUGGCGCAGUGCCAGAAAGAACGGGCUAACCACGCUGGUCAGGGUGUGCAGGGAGGCAACGGCGUUCAGGGAGGUAAAGUCAAGAAAGAAAGGGGAGACAUGAAGCCUAAACUGCGCAAGCACACGGACAAGGGUAGUGUUGAUCGAGAGGUCUCCGAGACUUUCCUUGAGAGACUUGAGUCUAAUCUUGUGAUUCGCGAGAAGGCGGAUGACAUGCCGGAGUAG